AAAAAAAAAAAAAAAAAAACACUUUCUUAUUCGAAUCUUGAAUGGCUUCUUCUUCUUCUUCCCAUGGAUGCUACCGCCAUCAUCAUCACCACUGCCAACACUGUCCCCUUCGCCAUCAUUGCCACCACUGCCCACUCCACAACAACAACCCCAACCCUCCUCACUUCUCGCAAUUCAAUUUCACUUCUCCUCAUCUUCUUCCUCAAACUCAUUCUCAAAAUAUCUUUCCUCUCAAUCAACCUAUCAAUGCUUCUGCUGCUCAAAUUUCACAAGAGCAGGAGCAUAUUGAGCUAGACGGUGACGAAGAGGAUGAUGAACCGAUUUUUGUUCUCACCGAUGAAUGGAGAGAGUUCUUUGCGAAAUCUGAAGCUAAAAGGAAACUAGAGAAGAAGCAGGCUAAGAAAGCAAAAAAGUAAAAGCAGAGAGGAGUGUUUGUUGGCGAAUUCUUUAUGGGUAUCAAGAAGAGGUUGUUCAAGGUUAUUGACGACAAUCCUGCUAUCGAGAACGUUAUGUGCUUGCCAUGUAUGACAACUCUUGCCCCUUGUCUGCACAUUUUAAAAGGAUGAUGAAUUACUUACUAAUACAUCUGUACUUAUACAGAUCGUCUUUUGUUCUAUAAAAAAUGUUGUCUGUAUAAAUUUUAUAAACUCAAGACUAAUUCAUAUUAUGACUUUUUAAUGUUCUUA